AUGAAUAUGUUCAAGCGUUUCUUUUCAAAGGCUCACUCGAACGGAUACGCCGCGCUGCGUUCUUAUGAGGAGGCACCAAACCCUACGCAAGACAUCCAUCUUCCCUUCUACACCUCUCUUCCUUCCCUCCACGACCCGCGGCAGUUACCCGCGGCCCAUGUACACAUCGAUCUCCGUCUUGCGAAGUCAUUCGGUGGCGCCACAGCGUCUGACAAGUCCUUUGUCGUCCCUCCCAUACGAUGCGCCACACCGCAGUCUUCAUUUCUGCCAUCACAUAUCAUACCGGAGUUCAUCCGCUGGGAAACGAUUAAAAGCGGCGUGCAUGAAUAUUGUCGCCCGAUCGGCUGGGGCGUUGUCAUCGUGCUAUCGUGCACAGCAGUAGCGAUAGCAUGGUCGUGUUUUACCGUGCUCAUAGGUGUGCUGGUUUUCCAAAGCACCCACUCGGAGCCUUACAUUCAGGCCACUGGCGGUGUAUUCAUCGAGGCAACUGUCGGAGCCUCUAUCCUGGGUGGCGCGGCAGGGUUGUUGCUGUACAGCAGUUACCAAAUCGUGGUGAUGGGGCCAGAGAGGAGGAAGGAGGAAGGCCGCAUCGCGAAGCUGUAUGGCCAUAACUUGCUUCCCGUCAUGUGCGUAACCCUAUGCGGCGUCGGGUUGGCGGCACAGUGCCUCGGUAUGGCGGUUCUUAAUGGGAAACAUUCGGGUGGGUUGGGCGCGGGCAACGCUCUUAUCGUGAGCGUCGUCGGGCAGGUUCUAUCUGGUAUGGCCGUCUUUCUAGGCACCUUGGAAGGGAAUACAAAGAGGUCGUAUAGAUUGUAG